GCCUCCCGCAAACUCAUGCUGAAGAGUUUGAUGGUGGCCAGGGCCAUGGAGGAGCUGGAGCAGGAGUUGGAAGAAAAAGAGGAACAGAAGGCGAAAUACCUGGAAGAAAAAACUCCUCCACUACAGACCGGCGGCAUGUCGCUAGCAGAGCUGCAGACUUUAUGUGAAGAGCUGCACGCCAAAAUCGACGUGGUGGACGAGGAGCGGUACGAUAUCGAAGCCAAAGUCUUGCACAACACCAGAGAGAUCAAAGAUUUAAACAUCAAGGUUCUGGACCUGCGAGGGAAGUUUAAGAGACCCAACCUGAGGAGGGUGAGGGUCUCUGCUGACGCCAUUCUGCGCUCCCUACUGGGCUCCAAACACAAGGUUUCUCUGGAUCUGCGAGCUAAUCUUAAAUCAGUCAAGAAGGAGGACACGGAAAAGGAGAAGACGGUGGAGGUGAGCGACUGGAGGAAGAACGUGGAAGCCAUGUCGGGGAUGGAGGGCCGCAAGAAGAUGUUUGAUGCAGCAAAAGGCCAAAGCCAGUAAACAGCUGCCUUUGCAUCAAAUACUGUCACUUCUAAGGCAACGAGUGCAUAACACAGCAGACAAAAACAUCAAUGCAUAAACUCUGGAGCGCUUUACAAAGUCAGAGAGAACCUUUUGGUAUUCUAC